AUGAUAGAACACUUUCUUGGUUUUGUAACUAGGUCGCUUAUCGUCCCUAAAGUGGCAAAAAGAAGCAGCAAAUACGAUCAGAAGCACGCUGUACUAGUAGUACAGCACAGAGCCAUUUAUUCGGCAGCUAAUAAAUUCUUCUUUCUCGUUGACAGACUUCGUCAGAUCUUCACCAAUUCUUCUAAUAUUUUCUUCUAUCUUCUUCACAAGCGUUUACCGCUCUCUCGUUCAAUCACAAUCUUAGUACCUCCAAAACAACGAUUCCUGUUACGGAGGACCCCGAAGCAAACGAAAUAUUUUCCAUCAAGCAAAGGCUUGUGAGAAAUUUCCUUUAAUUUCGACAUGUGAUUCAUUUCUUCGCAGAUUCACUGGCAAGUACAAAAGAAUGAAGUGGAGGUGUUCAGAAUUAUGACAAGCGUUGCGUUGUUUACUGUGUCAUGAAUUCAGUAGAAGAUGGUCAUGAAUUAAGUCAGUCUCUCCUCUUGGUGGAUAUGAAUCUGCAUGUCUUGGUGGACAUGACGCUGUUGUGAAUCAUCUACCUGACCAUGCCGGGUCGGCGCAUCUUUCUUGUCCGUGAAAUGUCAGACUUCUCUGCGCCCACCCCAGCUGGUGCGUUGGC